AUGAAAUAUAGUCUACGUAAGUCAUUUAGUUAUCGUAGACGAAAAGAGCCUUUGGGCGAUGAUCACACGAAUCCACGUAUUGAUGCUCAUGGUUUAUCGAAUUCAAAUUCAAAUUUAGUGAAAUCAAAUCAAUCAAAAAGUUUUUUAAGACGACGACGUCGUUAUUCAUCGUCACCACAAGCUCGAUCAUCACCAGAAACAACAACUUUGAAAUCAUCGGAUCAUGGUUAUAAUAAUCACAUGAAUUAUGUUCAUGAUGAUGAUGUUGAUUACGAUAAUGAUGAUCCGUUUUCAUUACCAUCCAAUACAAAGACGCGUGUACGUCCAAUUGAUAGAUUAACAAACCAAAUUCGAAAAUCAUUUCGAAAUACUCUAACACGACAACGUCCUCGACUUGAAAGUACAAAUUCAAAUAAACGUCUACUAUUAAAAAAACACGAUGAAAACCUGCCAGCGGACACGAUUCUUCUUCCAAUAUCAACAGGUCUUACAUCACCUUUAAUUCAACCAACACAACCAACACAAGUAGCAUCAACAAAUGAAAAUGAAAAAACAAAAAUUUCACCGAAACGACGAAAAGCUCCAUUAGCACCAACAUAUAUGUAUCAUUCAAUUACUGUACCAAAUCCAGAUUGUCCAACACUUUGUAUAAGUGAACUUCCAGAUUUGGACUGUGUUUCAUCAUCAAAUGACCAACCACAAAAUUUAUCGACAAAGAAAAACAAAUUUAAUCCAUCAUUUCGUACACGUCUAUCUCGUUUACUUAAAAAACGUCAUGCAAAACAACAGCAACAUGUACAAAUACAAAAUUGUAGUGAUGAAGACGCUGAUCAUCAACAUCAUGAUGAUGAUCAUGAUGAAAUAGAUCAUAAAAAACUAACUCUCGGUCAACGAUUUGAUACAUUGAGACGUUCAUUACAUAUUGGCAAUCGCAAUUCAGCAACUAAAGGUAAACGUCAUUUACUUUCCAAUGAAUGA